UACUGGCAGCUCUAUCCAUGUCAAGAUUGUAGAACCGGAAUCUUUUCAGUCGCAAACACCCUUUCUUCGCCUUGCGCCGCUUUUGCAAUCACCCAAAGACCGCCUAUUUUUUCUCUGGUAUGCGCAACCGCCCCACACACUUUCAUGAAGGAUCAAGUCAUUAUUCAGAUGCUAAGCCGCCGCCGCCGCUUCCUUCUCAUCCAGCCCGCCAAAGCCAUCUCAGCACAUGUCAUCAACAUGUGCCCGGUACCGUGCGGACUUGUACAUACUGUACAUAACCCGCGAGUGACACUUUACAUAGAAUGGUCGAACAUAUGCAGGUACACUGCGCCGCCGCAACACUAUUCGCUGCUUGAUCACCAUGCAAAACGCCACACCGAGAAAAAUCAAUAGCGCCUACGCAACUCUUUUUGGGGGUAUUGGACGGAUUUGGAUGUACGAUUUUGUCUUAAUGGGGAUGGUAAGCCCUGUGCGUAUGCCUGCUCACUGUGACCCUCUCUUGCUCGUAGGCUGUGGGAGAACGCACUGCUGUUAUAUGACUGUGCUGUACUGGCAUUCUGUAUGUAUGCGUGACGCAAAUAUAGAAUCGCAAUAUCCAAUUUCAACUGCCAUAUGUACGUCUCAAGGUGGGUAUUGGGUGUGCAGUACUACGCAACACGGCUUCUAUCGUUCAUCUCUUGGGGGUGUGGAGUCAUGCCACCGUUGGGAAUGCAGAGAAUACGAGUGCAGAUACGUGACCAUGCAGUGCGCACUCCAGGUUGAGUGCUGA